AUGGAUGGGUAUCCGACGGGAAGUUUGGACCAUAAUGUCCCCCUUCUAGUGGCCGCCGGCCUCAACAGCGAAACGAACGAGCUCCCGCUAAGCGCAGAGCUUAGGGAGCAGAGCAUCCUCCUCAGAUCAGAGAUAGCGCCCAUCGAGGGCAAAGAGGCCGAGGUUUUGGCCCAGUACUUCGCGGAUAUUAAUGCUAGCGCAAGGUCUUGGAGCGCGUUUGAGAAGAGCGAGCCCUACAGAUUUCAGAUCAAGACGGCAGGAAGGUCGUUUCUAUUACCGCCGCGCCGAGCUCGUCUUCCCGAAGGUAUCGAACCGCUCAGCGAACACCCGACACUACACUCGCCCUUCUCCCCACUAAGUCCCAUAUCAUCGCUAUAUCCGGAUGGCCUCAUUGAUGCGCAAUGGGUUAAGAAACACCAGGACCUUGUCCCAAGCGUAUACUUGUGCUUCUACCCCCUGACAAGCGACUCAUCGUCUAUGACACUACAAGACAACCAUAUAAAGUCCGAUAUCAACAAUCUUAAGAGCGCUCUAUUGCGCUCAGGAUAUAAAACCCGACUAGCGAUUGUUCUACUUGCGGAUGGCGAAGGCGCUCCUCUCUCGUCGGCUGAAGGAAUUCAAGAGAGACUGGAAAACAUACGGAGAGGGACAGCCCUGGAUCCCAAGUCGAUUUUCUACAUUCCUUCGCAGGAUUCGAAGGAGGAUCUGAAGCAGGUGGUCGAUAACAUCCUGGGUGUGCUAUACACAUCGGCUGUAGAAUACUACCGAGAUCUAGGACGACAUGCGAGAAAGAAGCGAUCCCGUGGAAUAGCCCCCCAGCCAACAGUGCCACCUACGACCGGAACAUCACAGACACUCUCACUAUCGGAUUGGAAUUUCAGAUACGACUUUAAGUCGGCAAUUUUCGCAGAAUUUCGCCAAGAAACAGAUGCAGCGCUGCGGUUUUUUGAGCAGGCUUACGAAAUACUCUUAGGACAGGAUGUGCUGGAUAUUAUCCCCAGUUGGAGCCCUCGGUGGAAUGAGACGCGACUUCUGGCAGAUAUUGUAGCAAUACGAUGUUUGAGAUGUCACCUGUGGAUGGGGCAAACGACAUUGGCUGUUCGGAAGUGGCAUCUGCACCGGGAAAGAAUCGCAGACUUUGUCGAUCGACGCGGACGAGGAACUAACAACUAUGGAUGGCAAGCCUGGGAAGCUCGAUGGGCUACAGUAAUGGCAAACUUGAUCGAGAGGGUGGGAUUGUCAGCUUUGGCGCCGGCGACAGGGGCUCUCUUCGUCCCGCCUGAUAAGUCUGUUGCGGCCGAGAGAGUAUCGCCGUGGGAGCUGCUACAUCAUACAGGCUACUGGUAUCGCAUUGCGGCACGCCAUCUCGUAGCCCGUCGGAAGCUGGCCCAUCAGAUACCGGAAGAGGAUAGGAACUCACCCGAUACGACCCCUGCGUCAGCGGUAGCCAGCAAGGCCUUUGCAUACGACACGUACAUGUGCCCAGAGCCAUACCAAGAAUACCCCAUAUCAGGCAAAGGAGUCAACCACUCACAAUUAAUCAUCGAUUGUCUAAAGUCUGCGAGCUCACAGUUUCAAGCUCGUAAGCAGGGACGCUUGGCCACUGAGAUAUCAUUGGAGUGCGCAAGAGAACUCGCCAACUUAAAGCAAUGGGACGGUGCGAUUGAGGUGAUACUGCCGUUUUGGGAGGAUGUUGCAUUCCGAUCAGAGGGUUGGGCCAAUAUUUCCGAGGACUUGUGUUUGACUAUGCGGAGAAUUGCUGUGGGAGCUCGCCGCGCAGACUUGGUGGUAGCUACAGACUGGGAGCUAAUGAGCAACA